AUGCCAAUAGAUUGUACUAUAUGGUGCCUACUUUCUGAAAAACGAAGGUAUAUGGAGAAACUUUGGAGAAAAAGGUUACUCAUAACAGCUGAUGAGAAAAAAGCUAGAAGAAGAUUUUUAAGGUUAAUGCAAGGAUUUGAUGCUGAAGAUUUAGAUGUUUUAAAAAAGGCUGUAGAAUCAGGAGGAUUAGAUAUUAAACAAUGUGCACCAGGUCCACCUAUGGAGACAUUAGAUAUGGAAUUACCAGGAUCAUCAAAAAUGAUAACAAAUGAUGGUGAAGAUGAGGUUGUUUUUGAUGCAAAAUAUGAUGAUUCAGGAUUAAUACCACAAAUUGAUAAACCAAUGAGUAUGCCAUAUCUUUGUUGUAAGAUGUGGCGUUGGAAAGAACUACAAGUUGAUGCAGCACUUCAUAAAUUAGAAUUAAUGCCUUGGUGUAGAUUUGGUAGAGUAACAAUAAAUAAUGCCACAGUUUCAUGUUGUAAUCCAUAUCAUUAUGGAUUAUGGAUUAAACCUGAGUUAUCACAUACCAUUGAUGAAGAUGAAAAUACGGGUACAAUACUUUCAAAUAAUGAUAAUACUCAUCUUUUACGAGGUAAUAAUUUGUCAAAUGACACCGGAUAUGGAGGAUGUAGUAAUUCAUCAGAUAAAUUUUCAACACCAAAACAUCACUCCCGGCAACAUAUAGAAAAUCAACCAAGACCAGGUAGUAUUAUGUCAGCACCAACAAUACCAAAUUUGACAACAUCAAUCGAGAAAGCUGUUCCUGUUGAAGGAGGAUUUAUUCAUAAAGGUAUUGAAAUGACAUCAUUUCCUUCACCAAAUUCUCCAAAAAGAUAUCCUAGUAGAAUAUUAAGUGAUGAUUCAUUAGAUGAAUAUUUAAAAAGUGCCCCUCCACCACCUCCACCAGAUUUAUCUCCAGCUCCAUCAUUACGACAAUAUGCAAAUCAAAAAAUAAGCCAACAUGCUUCAGCUCAUUCACAGGCAUUAACAUGGGGUAGAUUAGCAAGAUGGGAGAAAAAAGAACGUGUGGGUGAGGUAAUAUCUUUGUAUGGAGAAUUUGUUGCAGUGGGUUUGUUAGCUGGAACUGUAUUUGAUUCUCAGGAUAUUCAAUGUGAUUGGGAUAUUGAUAAUGAGGUGUCAUUUUCACUUAUCAAAAAAUCAGAAACAGAUGAUUAUGAAGAUAUAUGGUUAUAUAAUAGUGGUACUAGACCUUUAUUUAUUUCAAUAUCAUCCUCAACAUCAAAUCAAAAAGGUGAUGCUAUUCGAAGAUUAUGUAAUGGGUAUUGUAUAAGAGUUCAUCGAAUAAUUUUAUGUCCAGAGGAAUCAAGAGUAAUGUCAAAUGUUGAUCCAGCUAAUACAAUGUCUUUCUUAACAAUAUCAGUAGGUGUAGGAUGGGGAGUAAAUUAUCAAAAAUUGUAUUUAACUGAACUGCCUUGCCGGUAUGAAAUUAUUUUUUCCUAA